AUGACUACCACAGACAGCCCCUCCGUGCUCCAGGACAAGGACAUUGACCGGCUCGUCAACGCUCAGAAAAAGCCCCAGGAAGAGCCCACCAUGAAGGACAAGGCGCUGCUGUUCGAGAAGCAGAGACAGGAGAAGAAGAUGAAGCAUACAGAGGCCAAGAUGGAGACCAAUCCGCUUACUUCCGCCAAGACGUUUCGCAAGGCCCCAACUGAGGCUUCGACUGCUACCACCAAGGACUCUACCAAGAACGUCAAUAACGCUACAAGUACCAAUAACGCUACAAGUACCAAGAACAACACCAAGAACACUCCCAAGAACACCCCCAAGAACAUCCCCAAGAACACUACUGCCAAACCCCCGAUUCCCAAGUCAGCAAUGAAGCCAUCCGUUCCUGCUGCAGCUGCUGCUGUUUCAACGUCUGCUGCUACUGCGCCUGCUGCUACUGCUUCAGUGUCCGUCUCUGAGCCUGCUGCGGCGUUUUCUCCCGCUUCUCACGACAUGGCUUCGUUCAUGACGGGCGAUACCUCUGCUGCAAUCGAGUGUCUCAUGAACGGCACGUCGACCUCGACUCCGCAGAAGAGCGCCAGCGGAAUCAGCACAAACAAACAUGUCAACGCAGCCGCCAGCCAGGUCAACAACCGCAGCAACACCUCCAACUCGUUCGACAGCCACACGACACAAAAGGCCGGCUCGUACAACCCCAACAUUACCAACAUUUUAUCUGAACGAGAGCUCGAUUCGACCGAUUGCUAUGCGGAUUCGGAGUCCAGGUCCCAGCCACACAAGCCGUCUGUUCUUCUUCCCACCACGGUUUUGACCGACAACAAGACCCCCACUUACCCUCCUUCGCCGGAGUUCUUUUCGGACCACACCGACGCCCGUGACGUGCGGGUGGGCGCCUCGUUUGUCAACCACAAGCAGCCCUACAACUUUGCCCGAAACAACCAUGGCAGCGACGUGUCCAGUGCGAUGGAUAAUGCGAGACGUCAGGCGUCUGAGACCCGUCGUUCGAACCUCAGCUCCUACAACGACAGGAACCAGCCUGCGGCCCAUUCGUAUCUCCGAACCGCGCCCAAUCACAUGGAGAAGAUCCGCACGGAGGUUGACAAGGAGCAGACAAGAGAGAAGAAGCUGGCUCGUGAGCGUUUGGCCAGAAAGCAGCAACGCGACAAGUUUGACUUGCUGCAGACCCCACAGACCAAGAACAAGUUCAACAUGCAGGUGCCGCUGGAUAUGAGCGAGGAGCAGCUGUUUGAGGUCAUUUGCAAGCUCACCACACAGCUGGAUCAGAGCCAGGCAAGGGUUCGGGAGGUGGAGGAGCUCGUUCAGCAGUGUUCUGAGCAGCUCAACGAGCGAUCUGUGGAGAUUGACUCGUUGAAGAGCCAGUAUGAGGAGGGCCAAGGGGAAAAGGAGAUGCUCGUGGGCCAAUUGGAGGAACAGUUGAAACGUGUGAGUGAAGAAAAAGAUGUGGAAUUGAGACAGGCGACGGAGAGGAUGGAGAAAGAACUGAACGACGUGACCGCGACCAAGGAUCACGAGAUUCAGCAGCUCAAGCAACAGGUUCAGGAUCUCACCAUUCAGCUCUCCAGUGCCACGGUGUCUGAUGUCAAAACUCUGCGAACAGACUAUGAACAUUACAAGAGCCAAUGUUACCGCAAGGACGUUAUGAUUUCUGAGCUGGAGGCCAGACUCCAGCGAGAGGAGAACUUGGAGAAAUUUGAAACAGAACUCAAGGACAAGGAGAAACGUCUCAUCAAGACAGAGCUUCGACUAGGACAGCAGGCACUGGAACAGGAUCAUGAGAGACAAAAGCUGGAGGUGGAGAAGAAGGUGUUGGGCGAGAAGGAUGAAGAGGAGCGGCUGAGAGAGCGACUGAGAGAGUUGGGCUCACGAGACAGAUCAUAUAAUCGGUCGUCCCGUGACAGAUCACAUGACCGAUUAUACGAGCGGUCGCCUCGAUCUCGUGAUCGCUCUUCACGUGACAGGUCCCGUGAUCGAUACUCCCGUAGCCGAUCCCGCUCCCGAUAUCGUCGUAGGAGUGACUCAGUAAAGGACUACUCUGUCGGACCACGUGACAAGGGCGAUCUUCGCUCUCUGGCUCUGGAGAAGAUUAUCGACUUUCUGUUGGCUCGUCAAAAGGCUGGAGCUCAGAGAGCCCAUAUGGAUGCGUGUUACAAUGUGUCUGGCCCUGGAGUGCGGUAUGGAGAUGGGUUGAGUGAUGCCACCGUGGAGAAGGUGCUCAAGGAGUUUCUCAACAAGGAUGAGGGGUAUCUGAUGGAUUUGCUCGAGGGAGAUGGCAAGAGGUUGGACGAGUAUUUGGGUACCAUAUACUCGGGAGUGGGUGUGUGA